UUUUUUUUUUUUUUUUUUUUUUUUUACAUAAGAUAACUUGACACUGUAACUGCCACCAAGCUAGCAGGAAAUCAUGGCAGACCUUGGCAUCAAAGCAGGAGACAAGGUGCUGUUUGUUUGGGCUCAGUCCUCAGCACCAGCAGCCCUGAAACAGUAUGCAGAGGAACUGGGUGCCACCGUUGGAGCAGAUGGCAAAGUGUCAGUGGAGAACAUGGAGAGACUAUUGCUUUCCUCCCAUUCAGCAUCCACCUUUGACUGGGUGCUCUCUUGCCUUCUGGCUGACAGCUCCUCCUUCCACAGUUCAGAGACUCUAGUCGAGAUGGCCAGAGUGCUGAAACCUGGAGGGAAGCUAGUUCUGGAUGAACCAGUUAAUGGAGCUGAGAUGCAAAUUGUGAGGACUGCUGAUAAGGUGAUGUCAGCUCUGAAGUUGUCGGGCUUCAUGUCGGUGAAAGAGGUCAGUAAAGCAGAACUGAGCCCACAGGCAUUGAGCUCCCUCAGGACUACCACUGGUUACCAAGGAAACACCCUGUCUAGAAUCCGCAUAUCUGCCUCCAAACCCAACUAUGAGGUGGGAUCAUCCAGCCAGAUUAAACUGUCGUUUGGGAAAAAGACACCCAUGCCAGUUGUAGCAGAGAAACCUGCCCUGGAUCCCAACACUGUCAAAAUGUGGACGCUCUCAGCAAAUGACAUGGAUGAUGACGAUGUGGAUCUGGUAGACUCUGAUGCUUUGCUUGAUGAAGAUGACUUGAAAAAGCCAGAUCCGGCUUCUCUUAAAGCCCCAAGUUGUGGAGAAGGAGCUGGGAAUAAGAAGAAAGCCUGCAAGAACUGCACAUGUGGUCUUGCUGAAGAGUUAGAAGAGGAGACUAAAGGAAAACAGAAGACAAACCUACCAAAAUCUGCAUGCGGAAGUUGUUACCUUGGUGAUGCGUUCCGAUGUGCCAGCUGUCCAUACUUGGGGAUGCCAGCGUUCAAACCGGGAGAGAAAAUUGUACUGGAAAACAACACACUGACGGAUGCUUGAAACUGCAGAGUUCACACAUUUAUUGCUUAUGUUUCAAAACAUUACAUUCCUCACUUUUCCUUCCAUCCUGAAAUGCUCCUGAAGACACAAUUGCCUCUGCAAAAGUGACUGGUGUAAAAACUGCUUUUUCAGUGGACAUCACUGCUGAUUUGAUGGGGAUUUCUGUCUGUUUGUCUAGAGUUCAGUGAGACGGCUUCUGUUUGAUGAGUUCAGAGUUUCAAAUUACAACACACGGCAUCUUGUUUCCUCUGUGACACACCAACAUUAAUUGUCCUGCUGUCAUUUCACAACAGGAGAAAUAGCAAGUCAUGCUCACAAAGAGUCUCUUAAUUUGAGAGUUUGGCAUUGCAGCUUUGACAGUGAGCAAGAGUUGAAUGUAGUGGAAAAAAGUGCACUGUCAUUGCAGUUUUACUCCUGCCUGUUGUUAAUUAUACAAUUAAAGCCUACAGCGGUCCAUACAAGGAGGUUAUAAACUGAUGCAAUUCAAGCUUAUUUAUGUAUACAAAUGCAAGUCGUUUGGCAUAGGAGGUGCUGUUGCCUUUUUUUUGCCAUGUUUUCAUUUUAAUACAAUAAACGAAAGCGAGACUUACGAUGA